CAGGAGUUGACUACCUCGCUGUCCAUCAGAUGGGGGGCUCCGUUCUGCACAAGCACAUGGCCAGUCACAUCAAGGGGGCCUACACCAUCGAAGCCAGACGGACCAGCAGGCUGAGGCCAGGUCGUACCUCAGCGAGGAGAUGAUAGCUGAGUUCAAGGCUGCCUUUGACAUGUUUGAUGCUGAUGGCGGUGGGGACAUCAGCGUCAAAGAGCUGGGCACGGUGAUGAGGAUGCUGGGUCAGACCCCCACCAAAGAGGAGCUGGAUGCCAUCAUCGAGGAGGUGGACGAGGAUGGCAGCGGUACCAUCGACUUCGAGGAGUUCUUGGUCAUGAUGGUGCGCCAGAUGAAAGAGGAUGCGAAGGGGAAGAGCGAGGAGGAGCUGGCCGAGUGCUUCCGCAUCUUCGACAGGAACGCAGACGGCUACAUCGACGCUGAGGAGCUGGCCGAGAUUUUCAGGGCCUCCGGGGAGCACGUGACGGACGACGAGAUCGAAUCCCUGAUGAAGGACGGCGACAAGAACAACGACGGCCGCAUCGACUUCGACGAGUUCCUGAAGAUGAUGGAAGGCGUGCAGUAAGGAGUGGACCAUCGCUUCCACCCCAGAUCUCGGGGGCCCCUGGGCAGCUCCACCCUUGCCCGUCCUUCCUCUCUCCAUCAGCGAGGUGCGGCCCAUUCGGGUUCUGUGCCUGGAAGGAAUA